AUGGGAGAUAAAUCGUCGUCAUUCAUUACGCUUUUGAUCACUGCCAUGAUUCUCUCUGGGGCAGCAAACACAAUAGGUAUUAGCUUGAAGAUAUCUCAUUAAUAGUCUAUAAAUUGUAAAAUACAAGCAAGGUUACUGUUGAUGGAUGGGAAGCAACGAAUUUCAAUCAUCCUUUUAUGCAAGCAGUCACAAUGUUUUUAGGGGAGUCUUUGUGCAUUUUACUAUUUCUAAAUGUUAAGAAGUAGCCAGAUUAUAAAUAAGGAUGUAUUGAAGCAGCAGCAAAAGGGUAUAUAUAGAAUUUUGAUAUAGGAUAGAUUAAAAACAAAAGUCAACUACGGUUGGGUGGCAAUUCCAGCAAUGUGUGAUUUAACUGCAUCAACAUUAGCUUAUAUUUCCUUAAAUUACAUUCCCCCUUCAAUUUAUCAAAUGUUAAGAGGAGGAGCAAUCAUCUCAACAGCAAUUAUGUCUACAUGCUUCUUAAAGAGACACAUUAAAAGAUAAUAAUGGUUUGGAUGCGGUUUCGUCUUGGUUGGUAUAACAUUAGUAGGAAUGAGUUCAUUUUUCUUCCCUCCAAAAAAAGAUAAUGAUGAUGAUUCAGAUACAAGUUCUGAUGUUGGAGCUGCUUACUUCAUAUCAGUUGGAUUAUUGUUACUAUCUGUUGUGAUGAAUGGACUUUAGUUUGUAUCUGAAGAGAAGUUAUUUGAUGUUUACUAUUUACAUCCUUUUGAAAUCGUUGGUAUUGAAGGAUUGUGGGGUUUUUCAGUCUAUGUGGUUUUGGCAAUAGCAUUGACUUUUAUCUAAUGUCCCUCCUCCAUGAAUAACAGCUGCAUAUAAAAACGAAUGACAGACAUGUUUUAUUUUGAAAGAGCGGAUUUGUAUUUCUUGCAAAUCUUUGCCAAUGGCUUAUUACUCUUCUGGGUUAUUCUAGGUAUAUUUACAAUUGCAACAUUCAAUAUCUGUGGUGUCUCAGUUACUAAAUAUGUAUCCUCCUUGGCCAGGUAAUCAUAUCUUUUUAUGAAUUAGAUCUCUUGUUGAUGUUUCAAGAACAUUAAUUAUAUGGGCAGUUUCAUUGGCUAUCACUUGGAUCGAUCCCGAGGCAAAAUGGGAAAAUACAAGAUGGGAGGCCAUUGUUUUAGAGUUGAUUGGAUUCUUUGUUUUGGUUACAGGAAAUCUAAUCUAUAAUGGAACCAUCAAGUUGAAAUUUCUUGAUGAAGGUUCUCAAGGUACAAUAUUUUAUAAUCCAAAUAGUCGAUCCAUUAAAUGAUGCAGCUUAACAAUUUUUGGAUAAUAAAACUGGUUAAUCGUUAUAGCCUUAAUGA